GGAUUUAUGGUGCUGGCACAUGACGGCAGUCCUGCCAUGCCUGGGUCGACAUCGGUCAAGCUUUUUCAAGUAUCCCGAUUUGCACCAACUGUUUUCCCAGUACUUUUUGCGGCUAUUGUUGGAGGUACUAUGAGAAGUUUGGCAGCAUGUCUUGUCUAGUCUAAACGAGGAGCGACAAUAGGCCAAGUACACGACUUUCUCGGCAGCCAGACUAUGGGCCGCGCAUUUGCGAUGCAGUUGGCGCAAGGCACUUUCAGCGUCUUCGGGUUCGCCUCGAUUUUGCUCUGGUGCUUGUCGCCAUUUGGAAGCCAGGCCUCGCUCCGUGUGGUGGACAUUGUCUCCCCGCAAACACAGACCUCACAUCAAGUGGCCACCCUGGAUACAUUUGCUAAAUAUGCGUACGACUUUUCCAACUCGCUGAUCGAAACCGAUAGUUUUCUGAAGCCGGCCAUAGUUGCUUCAUUAGUAGCUGCGCCACUGCUCAAUGGGCGCGAUCAGGACCUUUGGGGCAAUGUCCGACCGUCAGCUCUUCCACCUUUUGGAGACGACAAAGCCACUAAUAACUCAUAUACUUCUUUGGUCGGUCUGCCAGUGUCUCAGCUACCGCCGGCAGGAAACACUUCGGUUGAGAUCCCAAGCUCAUACCUCACUCUCUCUUGCCCGCUUUUCGAGGUUUCAACGCAGAAAGCGUUCACAAACUACACAAGUUCAAACCACCCUUCUCCAGGGAAUGGCGUAGACUGUGACUGGGUCAGCGCAAUGGGAGGCUCUCGAUUUCAAGUGGCCCUCUCGACACCAUGCGAAAAAGGUUCGUUUCCAAGCCCAUUGACUGGAACGCGUCCUGCUGCUCGUCGCUUUGUCUAGGAAUCGAGGACCGACCGUUUAGGAUCUUUUACACGAGCUGAAUGCCAACUUACUACGACCUACAUUACUAGUCAAGUCAGCUGUGGAGGUAGCGCAUCGGGGACUACAUCAAGGUGCUGCUGUUGCCUAGACGCACUUGCAUUUCCUUUGUCCCAAUUUGAACACCUCCGAAGUUUGGUCAUUCCAUUUUUCGGCCAGCAGUUCGUGCGAGGAGUAGGGUGGUAAAGGUCUCUAUUUAUUCUAGCAAAGUUAUACUACUCUAAAUAACUACCCAAAGUACAGGUAAAGUAAGUAAAGAAAGAAAAAGAAAGAAAAAGAAAGAAAGAAAGUUGAGAAGUUAAAAGACUGUUGAAGUGUUUUGGAGUCUUGGAGACUUGGGUGGAGUGGUUUGCUGUUGAGAGCGAUAUCGUAGCCUUGAUAGUAUUAUAG